AUGGGAUUUUUGAGUGGUGUGCUUGGUGCGGUGAAAAACGAAAAUGAAGUGACAACUUAUGAUCAAUACAUCAGUGGAAUGAAGCUUCAAACAGUACUAGACACCUUAACUAAAAAUAUUGGCACCGGUCGUGAAGGGCUUGCGGCGUCUGUCGGCGCGGUGAAGGGGUGGUUGGGGAAAUAUAAUUCACAAGUUGAGACAUUGACUAAUAAUGUUACUACAAAAUUAGGUGAGUUAAGUACUAAAUUAUCAUCUCCUGCAGGUGAAUAUUACUCAAGAGUUUCAAGCGAAGAAUGUUUUUCUCUUGGCAAGCUACUGAAGGAGUGGAAGUCGACGGUCAAAAUGAUUGAAACAAAUGUCAACAAUAUUCAUAAUAAUGCUUCUAAAUUAGAUACUGCGUUAAGAAGUAGCGUGUUGCAUGAGGUUAAGGCAAUUAGCUUGACUGUUAAAAUGUUGACUGUUUCUGCUACAGAUGAAGUGUUUAAGAGCCAAGUAAGGAUUGCAGAUCAGACACUGGUAGACCAGAGAGAGUCUAUUAAGAACAAAAUCAGAGAGGAAUCCGAUGUCCUCCAUUCAUGGUUGGAAACAGAAUUUAAAAAUAUCCGUGCAAAGGUCACUGCUUUGCACGAUACAAAAAAGGGCUACACUGAAGAUAUCAAACAAAAGUUGCAUGAUGCUAAGAAUAUGUUGGAUAAUGAUUUCGAUGGGACAUAUAGAAAUAUAAUUGAACAUCAUUUUAAUAAAAUAACAGAUGCAAUGGAAUACAUUAAAAACGGGAGCACUAGCACAAAAGGAAAACUCAGAGAGGAAUUCGAAAAAGUGAAACAGACGGUUGCGGUAAUCGGUCAGGAGUUCACCAAUGCAAACGAUAAUCUAGAUCAGUGGAAAAAAUACGCUACAAAGGUAGUUUGUGACGCUAUGCGCGAUGCAGGGACUGUGUAUACGGAGUUGAACCAUAAGAAGCACGGUGAUGGCCCUAGAAAUACAGAUAUUGGUAAAGCAAUUGAUACCAUUGAAGCAGCCAAUACACAGAUAGAAAAGAUGAACACUAAUCUGGUUGAAAUCCACAAAAACUUGGAAAUUUGGAAAAAAGAGGCUGGAAAAGCAGUUACAGAUGCAAAGACUAAGGUUAAGGAAAUUGUGAAUAAGCUUGAUGGAAAAAAUGAUGAAGGCAAAUAUGGAGAGCGAAAAAAAAUAACCGAAGCGGUAAGCGAACUGCAAGAACGAGCAGAUAAGCUCUUAGGAUUUGCCAAAAAGGCCAAGACGGAAGUCAGUAGCUUGAUUAGGACAUUGCCUGCGACAAUGACGGAGGAAGUGCGUAACAUUAUAAAACAAGAUUUGACCAAAUUGAAGGGUGAUUGUCAGACGUGGGUCAAGGAUUAUUUUAAAGGGCUUGAAGGUGUUAAGUGGGAGGAUGCCUAUGGUAAAGACGGUGUCAUUCAAGGUCUGCAGGCAAAUAGUAGCAGAAUGCAGGCGUGGAUUAAAGAGUUUAGUGAUCAUAGCACAUAUAAUAACGAAUUCAAGGAAACGAUAAGAAGUCUGAAAAAUCUCAAAUACACAUAUAAGUCACCGUCCACCCAAAUUACAGCUUUCUCUGCCAUGGGAGAGGAUGCCGGUACAAAAAUUCAUGACAUGUAUCGGAAAGUUGAGAGCGUCAACGGAAACAUAAUGCCGAAAUUCGAAGAAUCCAAGUCUACGGCGAUCGACACAAACAUUAAAAAAUUUAACGGUGAGGGCAUUCAAGAACUUGAUGGUCUCAUCGUUGAUACAGAAGGUGGUGGUGACGAUAAAAUAGGCACUAAUACCUUCAAAAAGUUGGGUGAAGACGUAAAUAACAAGCUAACCGAAUUUGCUAACGCUAUCAAGGCUAUAGUGGACGGAGGUUGGAAUCAUGGUCUCAAUUAUUACAUGACUAAGCUGGAAAACAUGCUUGCCAAGAAUGAGAAAUAUUUGGGUGUGCCCCAAGACAUUUCGAGCAUCCACACGGACGUUGGCACAAUGCAUAGACAAACCGUGCCCGGGCAAACUGGCAGCAUUACUGGCGCAAUACGUCAGCUGACUUCGCAAUUUGAUGAGCUUCGGAAAAAGUUGGACAAUAAUGUCAUUGGUAAACUAGAUGAUCUUAACACCAAUGGAUUUGGGGGGGAAGAUUGGAGUGACAAGCGCGGUUUAACUAAAAUACUCGACACACUUAGCGCCUUGGAAAUACGUAUCACAAACAUCACAGCUGAGACGGGCACUCCAGCAAUGGACAGAAUUAUUACUGAACUCGAAAAUCUUCCCACCUUCGUUAAUGAAAAAAAAAUGGCGGCGAUGGAGAAGAUGGAAACUUUGCGAUAUGAGAUAAAAGCCCAACUUGAGGUCAUUAGCAACGCCGUAUUACAGGCCGACGAAGUGUUAUCCAUUGCAAUAGAAGAGAUACAAGACACGAUAUCUACGGCAUUCAUAAACUCCAGCAGGGCCCUAUCCGAACUACAGAAACAACUAUCUGAAGCAACCGAAAAAUCUUUCGACACCGUAUCAAACAAAAUCCGAAAGCUAUUUUGUAGGCAAAUACUUGCAGAGUUGAAAGUUCUAAAAACUUUAGUUGUAGAUCAAACAUGUGAAAUACACAAGAUUAUUGAUGACGAUACAGCGUCAGGUGUCAAAUGUUUGAUGUGGAACAUGAAUCACAAUCGUGGCAAGCUUACGGAACUCACGGGCAUAAGUGAAUUUAAUUAUGCAACAGAAAAAUGCAAGCACUAUUUCGAUCCACUUUUAGAGUAUAUCAAAGCGCAAGUCAAGAAUACGAUCAAACCUGCAACCACCAAUGAAACCACGGACCCAUAUAUACAGCUAACCAAAAUCAAAACUAACUUCGACAAUUUCCUUACUAAUUUAAUCGAUGAAAAGAAGUCUAAAAAGUAUAAUUAUGAUAAUGAAUUUGUUAAAUUGCAUGAUUCCCUCUCCUCCUCCCUCUCCGUCCUAUCCCCCUCCGCCUUCGCCAACCCCCGGCACCCGGAGCUGCUCGAUGCGGUUAGAGCGGGGCUGGAGGGGUUUGUCGGUGAGAUGGGGAGGGUGUAUGUGAAUGGGUAUGAUGGGCAUAGUGAUCAUAUUGACUUCGAUAAUUUGGUUAAAAAAACAGGAGAAAUAGUUGACUUAAAGGGUCCUAGGUGGAUUACCGUUUCAACCCCUGAAGGCACCAAACUCGCCAAAAUUUUUCUAACCAUUUUGAACAUGUUCCACGAGAAUUUGUAUAAGUUACAUUUUAAAUGUGAACACGCCUGGAGAAGUGAGAAAAUAUGUAUAUAUAAUGGAGACAAAGAAAAUCCCCUCGGGCAAUACCUCAAGCGGUGUGGUUAUGAUGUCGCAGAAAAUGAGGGUGCCAAAGAAGGGGAGUUAAGAUUCCCAUUAACUGGACAUACCGGUAACGACAUCUACUCAAAACUCAAGGAAAAGAUUAGCGCCGUUGAAAGCAAUCCACAUUUGCAAAAAUGUAAGCCAGAAGAAAGAAUGGACAAAUUCAACGUAACUCAUAUUCUCGAUUGCCUGCUCAGUCAUGUGGAGCAGUACAACGAAGUAUGUUAUCUGUCCACUUUACAGGCACGAAGGCAACCAUGUUCCGUGUACGAGAUGCUCGUAUGGCUUUCGGGUCUCCCACAUCAUCCCGUGUAUACGGAUAUGAGAGACGUAACCACGCUCGGAAUUAUCGACGGUUUGAACAAGAAGGAGGAGGACGAAUUAAGUGUAUCGUUCGUCGACGACAGCUCAUCCCUUGAAGCCUAUCCGGAUAAGAUCACGUACAACAGCGUACAAGGAGGCGUAACGGAGAUAUGCUCCAAAGCGUAUGACACCGUCGUCUGCAUUGCUGGUACCGGAGACGCUCAGACAGUUUACGGCUGCGAUUACUCCAACAAUUCGUUCAACUUCUAUUACCCGCAAGACGGUGAAGGCUGCCUUGACAUGCUCCUCGACGUUCUUCGUAGGCUCUUCCCUCCGCUUAAAUUCCUACGAAAUCAGUGCAAGUACCGUUCCAAUCAUCUGGGUUGGCGUGACUGUCAGUACGGGAUGGAUGUUCCCAUGGGCAAAUCGCAGUGUACCGAGCACUCAAGGGACCAAGUAACGGACCAACCAAAGUGCCAACCAACGUGCCAGGCAAACACCAAAGUAAACUGCCAACCAAAUUCACCACUCAUGUCUUAUCUGAACGAUUGUUUGCCCGGGCAUUUACCGCAUCACCUAACUAAAAUUGGUUGCAAAUACGAAUGUGCCACGUGUCCUUCCACCUCCAAGAAGGGAAUGCCCUGUCUGACUCCUCUCGGUUUUAGAGGGUUUUCUGGUAGCACUAAAACAGGCAAAGAUAUAUGUGCCAUACUCGAUUCAUUCUUCAGCAUCCGAAAAGUUGAGACGCUGUUCACUCUCUUGCCUAAGCCACCGUCCAGUCUACCAGAGCACUUUGGUUUCGCGUUGUCACUUAUUGGCGGCUGGUAUGACGGUUCGAAUACAGACAAGAAUGACGUGCAAACAGCAUUCGAAGAGUCCAUUAAAAACGUGUCCAUUCAUCUAGUUGACCAACCUAAUGAGCUAACCGACGCUAUAACUAACGCUUAUGGUUCCGGUUAUACUAAGCAUAGCAGCUGCGAGCAUAACCACGUAAAGAACCUCACAACGGGUGACAUAUGUAGCGACAAGAAAAAUGUAGAUUGCGCUCCUUACAUGUCUUCCCUAUGUGCCGAUUCAUAUUAUUAUGUUGCCAAAGCGCACUCGGACACCUACUUGUCCUGGGCAGUGUACUUACCUUGGAAUUUCUGGACGUUGCUCAACAAUUUAUACCAAGACUUCUGCAACAUUAUGUGCCAAGAUUGGGGUUGCCGCAAUUGCCUUAACAGUAGACAGUGCAAACGCGGACAGCAUGGUCUCACCGAUGAGCAGAGUAAGAAGUCCCAUUGUAAAUGCGAUUCCAUGGUGAAGUGCAAAGGUGUCGCACCUACCUUCUACCGAUAUGGUUUCUCAUUUGGCAACGUAAUCGCAUUGAAUAGGAAAUCCAAAGAAAAACUGUGCUCCGACUUCUGCACUCAGUUGAGGAACGUAUUGGAGUCCAAAUAUUUCAGCGACCUCUUCAACAAAUGCGACAACUUCCUGUUCACCAUCCGUGCCCCCUUCAUCUGGCUCAACGUAGCCCUCUGGCUCCUCUCUCUCCUGUACCUCACCCACAUCAUGGUCAUACGCCUAGACCUGCUCCACAUCAAAUCGCAUUUGCAUAGUCCCUCGAGUCAUCGCAUCGCCGCGCAGUCACUACUCGCCGCUGCACGUGUUAACAAGCUUAACAGAGUGUUUUACCUGCAACCAUAA